UUACAGAUGGAUAGCGAAAUUCCCAAGUGAAACCAAACAGCAGGUUAAAGACCGGAUGACACUAUAUUACACAGGGAUAGCUGAAUCGAUAAACUUUCGUUUCCAGUCUGUUGCCGAUAUACCACUGACACCGAGACUGGAAAUAAAUAUUUACCCACUGGGGCUGCUUAUUGUAGAGACCGCGGCUAAUGCGCCGUGGGUUACAAAACACCUGAAGAGUAACGGCAAUCUGGACGCUUCGCCUUCUCUGUCUAGCUUCAGAUGGUGGAUUGAUGGUCAGACUACAUUCACGAUUCCACAGGCUGAUCACUACAUGGGAUUCACUGGAAAGAAUCUGGAGAGGUCUAGCCCAUCAGUAGUCGGUAUCGCCUACAGGGGUUCUAUCUGUCGUAAUUUAGCCGUGUCCCUUGUGGAAGAUUUUCGUCAUUCCACGGUCGCAUUAGUAGCAGCUCAUGAACUGGGGCAUAGCUUAAACAGCGCCCACGAUGGUACUGAGACAUCAUUGUCCUGUAAAUCGAAUUAUGGAUAUGUGAUGUGGGCUUCUUUGAUUUACCCACGUUAUAGGAGCAGAAGACAGCACCUAUGGACUUUCUCCAAGUGUUCAGCCAAGUCGUUUCAGCUCAAGUUAAGACAGGUGAGCUGCACGCAGAAUCACCACUCUCCUCCAGCCUCAGCCCGACUUGGUCAGGUGUACAACGCAGAUCAACAGUGUAAGCUCGCCUUUGGAACCAAACUCUGUAGAAUUAAAUACAGGAAAUCUGGUAAGCCAAAUUACGACAGCCUAUGUUACUACACGAAGUGCCACCAUCCCACUGUAGAAUACAGCUGUGCUGCCAGACUAAUAGCCCAUGAAUACACGACGUGUGGAAACCAAAAGUGGUGUAUCAAAGGGCUGUGUGUUCAUAGUCCGGAUGCCCCGGCUGUUAACGACGACUGUGCACAAGGUGACGAGACAGACUAUGGGUGUACUCAGGCGAUGUGCCAAAGUAUGACCGAACAUGAACGGAUGGACCAUUGCUGCGCUACAUGUGACCAAAACUCUACACCUACAAAGUCUCCCACAACGUCACCUACCACGUCGCCUACUACAUCGCCUACUACAUCGCCUACGACAACAACGACGACAACAACGACGACAACAACUACUGCUCCAUACUGUGGGAGGUGGUGCCAAUGCCGAAUAUACAAACGUUACGGACUGUGUUCGCUAUGCAGAUACAGCAGGUGGUUACGACGUCUGUGCCGAUAUUGCCGAUGUUGGAGGAGGCACCACUGGGGGAGACGUUACUGGGGGCGCCGUUGAGUUUGGGGCCAGGAACGCCUUGUGAAGAGUCCCAGUCCAACAACACGCUGGUGCCAUCUUCUAUUGGUUUCCAGUUAAUUAUAAUCCAUGGACUAUCUAUUAUUCUUAACUGCUACUGGGUCUCUCGACGUUUGUUUGUUUGUUUGUUUGUUUUUGUGAGGUUUUCUUGUCAGUUUGUUUUCAUGUUGUUGUUUUGUUUUGGAUUUGUUCUCCUUUUUUCUUGGCUUUUUAUCUGGAUUUGCUGUUGAUGGCUUUUCUUCUUCUUCUUCUUAUCCUUCGUGCGGUUAUUUCAGAGUUUGUGUGUGUGUGGGGGGGGGGGGGGGGGGGGGGGGGGGGGGGUUAUUACCUAGACGGUUGUAAUAUAAUAUAUUGUUUUUAUUAUUGUUUCGCUUUUUGUUUUUGUUUUUGUUUGUUGUUUUUCGGGGUUUUUCGGUGGGUUUUUUUCCAUGUCUAUAUUUCAGACGUCGUGGGUUUUUGAUGUUUCCUAGGUGAUCGUAAAAUACUAAAUAAUUUAUUUAUAAUUAUAAUAUAUCAUGCGGGCGUCUUUCAAACAUUUAUAUUCGGUACCAACACACACACACACACACACACACACACACACACACACACACACACA